UUCUCCAGUAGUCUUCUCCACCACAUGGAACCAGGGAAUGAUACACAAAUUUCAAACUUUCUUCUGCUGGGAUUAUCAGAAGACUUAGAACUACAGCCCCUCCUCUUUGGGCUUUUCCUCUCCAUGUACCUGACCACAGUGUUUGGAAACCUGUUCAUCAUCCUGGCAGUCAGCUCCGACACCCAGCUCCACACCCCCAUGUACUUCUUCCUGUCCAACCUGUCCUUGGUGGACAUUGGGUUCACCUCCACCACCGUCCCCAAGAUGCUGCAGAACAUCCAGACCCAGAGCAAAGCCAUAACCUACGCAGGAUGCAUCACCCAGAACUAUUUUUUCAUCCUCUUCGGAGAGCUGGACAUCUGCUUCCUGGCUGUGAUGGCCUAUGACCGCUUUGUGGCCAUCUGCCACCCCCUGCACUACCAGGCGACUAUGCACCCCCGGCUCUGUGGACUCUUGGUUCUGCUAUCAUGGCUCAUCAGCAGCCUGCAUUCCCUGUUAGAGAGCUUACUGUUGCUGCGACUAUCUUUCUGUAGGGUAUUGGAAAUCCCCCACUUUUUCUGUGAGCUUAAUCAGAUGGUCCAGCUAGCCUGUUCGGACACAUUUCUCAAUAACAUGGUGAUGUAUUUUGGGACAGGGUUGCUUGGAGGUGGCCCCCUGGCUGCUAUCCUCUACUCUUACUCUAAGAUUGUCUCCUCCAUACGUAAAAUCUCGUCAGUUCAGGGCAAGUAUAAAGCAUUUUCCACCUGUGCAUCUCACCUCUCUGUGGUCUCCUUGUUUUACUGUACAGUGCUAGGCGUGUAUCUUAGCUCUGCUGUGACUCACAGCUCACGCUCCAGUGGGGUUGCCUCAGUGAUGUACACUGUGGUCACCCCCAUGCUGAACCCCUUCAUCUACAGCCUCAGGAACAAAGACAUCAAGAGGGCUCUGAAAAGGGUCCUGGGAAUGACAGCUCUAAAGGGUCACUUGUCUGGAAACUGA